CGGCCCCACCGCAGCAUGCUGCGCGCCGCCGCGCUCCUCGCAGCCCGCCUCGGGCCCCGCCCCGGCCUCCGCUCGCUGUCGGCCGCCGCCUCCCAGGCGGUGCCGGCCCCGAACCAGCAGCCGGAGGUCUUCUACAACCAGAUCUUCAUAAACAAUGAAUGGCACGACUCCAUCAGCAAGAAAACCUUUCCCACCGUCAAUCCGUCCACGGGAGAGGUCAUCUGUCAGGUAGCAGAAGGGAACAAGGAAGACGUGGACAAGGCAGUGAAGGCUGCCCGGGCCGCCUUCCAGCUGGGCUCUCCCUGGCGCCGCAUGGAUGCCUCUGACAGGGGCCGGCUGCUGUACCGCCUGGCCGAUCUGAUCGAGCGGGACCGGACCUAUCUGGCGGCUUUGGAGACCCUGGACAACGGCAAGCCCUACAUCAUCUCCUACCUGGUGGAUCUGGACAUGGUCCUAAAAUGUCUCCGUUAUUAUGCCGGCUGGGCUGAUAAGUAUCACGGGAAAACCAUUCCCAUUGACGGAGACUUCUUUAGCUACACACGCCAUGAGCCUGUUGGGGUUUGUGGCCAAAUCAUUCCGUGGAACUUCCCCCUUCUGAUGCAAGCAUGGAAACUGGGUCCGGCCUUGGCGACUGGAAAUGUGGUUGUGAUGAAGGUUGCCGAGCAGACCCCGCUCACUGCCCUCUACGUGGCCAACCUGAUCAAGGAGGCUGGCUUCCCACCCGGUGUGGUCAACAUUGUUCCUGGCUUUGGCCCCACGGCAGGGGCGGCCAUUGCCUCCCACGAAGAUGUGGACAAAGUGGCAUUCACAGGGUCUACAGAGGUUGGCCAUCUGAUCCAGACUGCUGCAGGGAGCAGCAACCUCAAGAGAGUGACCCUGGAACUGGGGGGCAAGAGCCCCAACAUCAUCAUGUCAGACGCUGACAUGGACUGGGCUGUGGAGCAGGCCCACUUUGCCCUGUUCUUCAACCAGGGCCAGUGCUGCUGUGCUGGCUCACGGACUUUCGUGCAAGAGGACGUGUACGCAGAGUUUGUGGAGCGCAGUGUUGCUCGGGCCAAGUCUCGGGUGGUUGGAAACCCCUUUGACAGCCGGACCGAGCAGGGACCGCAGGUGGAUGAAACUCAAUUUCACAAGAUCCUUGGCUAUAUCAAGUCAGGAAAGCAAGAGGGAGCGAAGCUCCUGUGUGGAGGGGGCGCAGCUGCUGACCGUGGCUAUUUCAUCCAGCCCACUGUGUUUGGAGACGUGCAAGACGGCAUGACCAUCGCCAAGGAGGAGAUCUUUGGCCCAGUGAUGCAGAUCCUGAAGUUCAAGACCAUUGAGGAGGUUGUUGCCAGAGCCAACAAUUCCAAGUAUGGGCUGGCUGCAGCUGUCUUCACAAAGGACCUGGACAAGGCCAGUUACCUGUCCCAAGCCCUCCAAGCAGGCACUGUGUGGAUCAACUGCUAUGAUGUAUUUGGGGCCCAGUCCCCAUUUGGUGGCUACAAGAUGUCAGGGAGUGGCCGGGAACUGGGCGAGUAUGGCCUGCAGGCAUACACCGAAGUAAAGACGGUCACCAUCAAAGUGCCUCAGAAGAACUCAUAAACAACUGGGCCAGCUUCCUUCCUUCUCCAGUGCCAGAAAGCCUCACAGGCCCAGCUGGAAAGCCCAGGAAACCACCUCCGCAGGCUGCAAGUCUCAAGGGAGAAACCUCUCCUACAAAAUCUGUUGGGUCAAGAAAGUCUCAGGAUUUGAAUUGAAAAAUAGGGUGGGUUAUUCAGGUGAAGCCCAUGUGGAAAGCUCUCCCCCUUGAAUUAGUGGACAUUAGUUAUAUGGGGCUGGGGGAAUUGUGUUGUGACUUGUGGCAAGUGUUCAGGUGGUUUCUUUCAAAAAUAUAUUCAAAUGUUUUCUUUCUGCUG